AACUAGGUAUACCAAAUCCUUUUGAUGUUGAUGCGGAUUGACUUGUAGCAAUCUGCUCCAACUACAACUUAUAUUGUUAUAUAUCUUGUUCUAAUCAUGAUAGAGACAUUUAUAUUUUUAUCCAAACUACUUGUAAAGAGGAAUGUAAUUUCUACUUACUCCCUCCACGUGACCCAAUCCGUAAAUGAUGGGACCCACUGGUUACUGCACAGGUCCUAAAUCUGGAAACGGGUGGUUUUAAUUGUUUUAUUUAGUUGCAUAAGCAGGCAAUAUAAGUACCUUUUCUAAAAAGAAAAUCUGCAUGUAUUGGUAUGCAAUAGAUAAAUCUGGAUAUAUCUUCCAAACAAACUCACAUGAAUACGAGGAAACUAUGAACAAACCCACCAUAUCCUGAAACAUCGCAAAGGAAGCUGGACCUGUAAGCAUGAUUUUCACCAUACUAAUGUAUAAUGCUUCAAAGCUUCAGCGAAGCAGAUGAAAUUUACAAAAUAUGCAAUGUGAUAGGCAGUCCUAGUCAGGAUUCUUGGGCUGAAGGCCUGCAACUUGCAAAUGCAAUCAAGUACCAAUUCCCAGAGUGUGCAAGUGUCCAGCUUUCUGUGCUCAUACCAUCUGCCAGUAAAGAGGCAAUCAACCUCGUCUCGGAUUUUAAUCAAUUCUGCCUGAAUUUAGGCCUACAAGCACUUCAACCUUUUGAUGCCACUCGUGCUACGAGUAGACCAUAUAGAGGAUUUGUUUUUAUUUAUUUAUUUAUUCGAGACCAUUUUUAAUUUAUUGUAAUAAAUAUUAUACUUUUUUAUUAUGAAGUAAUAUAAAUAUUAUUUAAUAUUCAGUUUUAAUUGUAUUGCAUCA